CGACAAAGUUGACUGGAGUCUGGAUUCUCUGGAGGUCCAGGCUCCCUGACGGACCUCGGCAGCUUCGACUAUGCCAAGGCCGGUGCGGAAUAAGAAACCAGUCAAUUACUCACAGUCUUUGGACUCUGACAUUGAGGAUGAUGAUGAUUUUGUUCCAUGGACUACAGCUUCAAACAAAAAAUCAAAAAUAUCAAAGGAAAGAAAACAGGAAAAAGAAGAGAAAUCAAAAACAAAAAAUAGACAUAAAGAAGAACCUCCACUCCAAGUGAAAACACCUAAUAAAAGGAUGGCUUUGGAUGACAAGCUCUAUAAGAGAGAUUUAGAAGUUGCACUAGCAUUAUCAGUGAAGGAACCUUCUAUAGCCACUACUGAGAUGCAGAAAUCUCCAGAUGUUGAAAAAUGUGAUAUUGCUGAAUCUGAAAAAAUGAGUAUUUCUCCUCACCUCUCUAAUUGCAGCAUAGAUGGUGUUAGCUUCAAUUUAAAUAAGAUUACUGAGGAAGAUGAUUCUCAAGCUGGUCAUAGGCAAAGAAAAGCUGCAUCUCAAGCUAUGAUACAACAGAAGAAGUUACUUAGAGAAAAUAGUGAAGAAGACAAUGCUACUGACUCUGAACCAGACUUUACAGCAAAUUUAAAUAAGAUUACUGAGGAAGAUGAUUCUCAUGCUGGUCAUAGGCAAAGAAAAGCUGCAUCCAAAGCUAUGAUACAACAGAGGAAGUUACUUAGAGAAAAUAGUGAAGGAGACAAUAUUAUUGACUCUGAACCAGACUUUACAGCAAGUGAAAGCAAUUCUAAUUUCAGUGAAAGUGCGGGGGAAGAUGAUGAAGAUUUUACUAUAAGAAAAAAUAAAGCCAAAGAAAAUAAAAAGAAAAAUGCUAAGACCAAAGCCCCAGUGGAAAAGAAAAAGAAAGCCUCUAAGACUUCUAAUAGUUUGGUAGUUCCAGGGGUCUCUGAUCUAGCUCCUGUUGAAUCAAAACCUGCACCAAAAGAAGCUUGUCUGUCUUCAAAACUUGUUCAGAAGCCAUUACAAUCACUUAGUCCUUUAACCGAAUGUAAGAGACCCAGAUGGGUCCCACCAGCUUCAUCAGGAGGCAGCAGCAACCCACUUGGAGGAGUUUCUGUCAGGUCUCCCAGUCAUAGUCUCCGACUUGGCCUGUCCAGAUUUGCACGAGUUAAACCUUUGCACCCAACUGCCAGUAGUACCUGA